AUGGCCUAUUCAGAGUCCUCCAUUGCCGUCAUUGGUAGCGCAUGUCGCCUCCCUGGGGGCGUGAAUUCCGCAAGUGGCUUCUGGAAGAUAUUGAAAGAGACACCCAAUCUCGUUCAACGCAUUCCCUCCGACAGAGUCAGCCUUGGUAGGCACUAUCACCAGGAUGGCAGCCACCACGGAACACUGAAUACAACCGACUCGUACCUCUUAACUGAGGACGUUGGGCACUUUGACGCUGACUUCUUCGGAAUCUCGCCUGCAGAGGCGGACUCGAUCGAUCCACAAGGUAGAUUGCUUUUAGAAGUCGUCUACGAGGCAAUUGAAAAUGCCGGAAUGCCCAUGGAGCUCCUCAAUGGCUCUGACACAGCUGUAUACGUCGGCCAAAUGGACCUAAAUACCAUUCCAACAUACCAUCUGACCGGUGCAGCGCCCAACAACACUGCGAACAGAGUAUCGUAUUUCUUCAACUGGCACGGACCGUCGCUCUGCCUUGAUACCGCGUGCUCGUCAAGUCUCGUAGCCGUCCACGAGGCCAUACAGCAGCUCCGGUCGGGCGGUUCCAGGGUGGCCGUUGCCGCUGGGACGAACCUCACCAUCGACCCGACGAUGUACGUGGCUCUGAGUAAACUUCAUAUGCUCUCUCCAACAGCACGGUGUCGCAUGUGGGACUCAAAGGCAGACGGAUACGCGCGCGGGGAGGCUGUUGUGGCCGUAGAUGGAGACUCAAUCGAAUGCGUUAUCCGGGAAACCGGAGUGAAUCAAGAUGGCCGCACGGCGGGUAUCACAAUGCCCAGCGCGAGGGCCCAGGCUGCUCUUAUCCGGGACACCUACCGACGGGCAGGGCUCGAUCCGGAGUCUCCUUGGGACCGGUGCCAGCUGUUUGAAGCCCAUGGCACGGGGACCCAGGCUGGUGACCCACAGGAGGCUGAGGCAAUCGCGACAGCUUUCUUUGGCAGUGGAAGCCACUCAAGCGACGAGAAGCUAUCCGUGGGAAGUGUGAAAACGCUAAUCGGUCACACUGAGGGCAGCGCGGGGAUUGCCGGGUUGUUGAAGGUCAGCCUGGCACUGCAGCAUGCGGUGAUGACCCCAAACCUUCAUUUCGAGAAGUUGAAUCCGAAGAUUGAGCCAUUCUACUCCCACCUGCGUAUCCCACUGGGAGUAGAGCCAUGGCCCGAGGUACGUGAUGGACAGCCCCGACGAGCGAGCGUCAACAGUUUCGGAUUUGGUGGUACAAAUGCGCAUGCUAUCGUGGAAUCCACUGACCAUCUCCCGACCCCUAAGAGCGAGCACCACCCGGGGACGCAGAAUUUGAUACCAUUUACCUUCUCUGCAAAUAGCGACAGGGGAUUGACCAGAAUUAUUCAAUCAUACCUCAAACACCUCAAGGAGCACCCCUCAAUUUGUCCUUUUGACCUCUCGUACACCCUCAGCUGCCGCCGCUCAGCGUUGCCGGUAAAAGUGGCCUGGCCAGCAUCAGACAUUGAAACAUUGUGUUUACGCAUGGAGGAGUGGCUAGCAGGUGCAACAAAGGAAGGGAUUGAGAAUUGUGGCACCCGUUCGAAGACCGGGCAGGGAGCUCAAUGGAGUGGAAUGGGGUGUGAGCUUGUCAAAUCGUAUCUGCCUGCGCAGCACACAUUGAAACGACUAGACGAAUCUCUUCAGUCUCUCCCCGAGGAUAGCCGUCCUCAAUGGACUAUACUCAAUGCGCUCAUGUCAACCACCGACGAUGAGCACAUGAUGAGACCGGCGUUCUCCCAGACGUUAUGCACUGCGGUCCAGAUAGUAUUAGUUGACUUACUACGGGCAGCUGGGGUCAUCUUUGCAGGGCUUGUUGGCCAUUCGUCGGGGGAAAUCGCAGCAGCUUACGCGGGCGGGUUUCUCAACGCGAGUGACUGUAUCCGAAUUGCGUACUAUCGCGGGCUCUGUGUUGAGAAGAGUGCAUGGACAUGCCCCGAGGAAGCCAUGGCUAAAUGUGAGUCCAACGAGUUCGCCGGUCGGGUCCAGGUAGCAGCGAGGAACUCGUCGUCCAGUGUGACGCUGUCUGGAGAUCGUGAUGCGAUCGUUUCCCUCCAGGAGUUCUACGCAAAUCAAGGGACAUUUGCGCGUUUGCUGAAAGUAAACACGGCUUACCACUCCUCCCAUAUGCAUCAUUGUGCGGGUGAAUACCGCAGGGUGCUGGAAAGAUGUCGAAUUCAGCCCCAAGCCACGGACAGGGAAGGUGGCUCGUGGAUUUCGAGUGUCUACUCGAGCACGAUCAUGCAACCGGGAGACAAACUACGGGCGGACUACUGGGUUGACAACAUGAUCAACCCUGUUUUGUUCUCCCAAGCUCUACGUACGGCCAUCCAAACGCGCGAACCGUACCACUUCGUCCUCGAGGUUGGGCCCCAUCCAGCCCUGAAAGGUCCGGUCUUAGAAACAUUCCAAGAUGCUACAGGGGCAUCUUUACCAUUUUCAGGCACUUUAUACCGGGGCAAGGAUGACUGUAAAGCACUAUCAGAUACCUUCUGCAAGAUAUGGACCACCCUUGGUGAAUUGGGCAUGACCAUCCGCGACACGAGCUGCUAG